AUGGACUAUUACAAGAUCCUAGGUAUCUCCCAAGAUGCUUCAAUGGAAGAUAUUAAAAGAGCUUACCGGAAAAUGGCACUUAGAUACCAUCCAGAUAAAAAUAAAUCAUCGGAUGCAGAGGAAAGGUUUAAAGCCAUCUCGCAAGCUUACGAAAUAUUGAGCGAUGUGAAAAAGCGGGAGUGUUACGAUCAACAUGUGAAAGGUAAAAUGGAGGAUGAGGAGGUACCUAAUAGGGGUAAUAAUAAAACUCGCUUCACAUAUACCUCUACUAGCGAUCCCAAAACUCGCUUCACAUAUACCUCUACUACUAGCAAUCCCAAAACUCGCUUUACAUAUACCUCUACUACUAGCGAUCCCAAAACUCGCUUUACAUAUACAUCUACCACUACUACUACUAGCGGUCCAAUGGACGACAUUUUCCAUCAGUUCUUCGGCACCCACGGUAAUUUUAAUCACUUCUUUAAUAACUCUGACGACGACGAUGAUGAUGAUGAUAUCAUAUGA